CGGGCAGCGUGCCUGGGUCCUUGCCGGGAGGCUCGCUGGGGCGGAGGAGGAGGGCAGCCAGGGGAAGGGGAUCUCUGCCCCCCAAAUCCAGGGCCCGAGGGCUGGAUCCAGAGGCGCCCUCCAUCUCCCCAGGAGGCCUUCCUGAAGGUCCUCCCUUUGGAGCAUCCCCCAGAAGCAUGCCUUGAUAUCCAUGCACCUGUGUUUAGGAUUCCUUUUCUCUCCAGGAGGACCUGCAACAAGCCCCCUGCUUCCCCUUGGAGCAUCGCUGAAGAUCGCGCAGGGAUUGGCAUUUCUGCUGUGAGGGUUUUGAGGGUUUCUGUGGCCGCGUCCUACAUCUUCCAUUUCCCGGCCCCUUUUGCGGUGAGGCCCCCUGGGGCAGGCUGAGCAGAGGCGUCCUCCUUUUCCGGGACAGGCCCUCCUCCUCCUCCUCCUCCCUUGGGAGCCUGGCUCAGAGGCAGCAUGGACUGAGAUCGCCAGCAGCAGGGCUUGAGCUUCCCUUGCUGCCAUGGCCUCCCUUCUCCUGGGAUCCUCUCCAUUUUGGGGUGCCUUGUCCUCCUUUGCAUUUAGGGCACCUGGAGGGAGAAGGACGGGCAACCUGGGCCUCAGGGAAUAGCAGCCUUCAAACUGGGGACAACUGGGGAGAGGCUGAUGUGAUUCCAGGUGCAGAGAAGCCCAGGGUGAAGCAUGAGAACCCAUGACAUCGCUGGGCACUGAGCUGUGCCAUCUCACAUCAAGAAUGGCUGCUGCUACUGAGUUAUUCCUCGCCUUGAGCUUGCUCCUGCCAGCUUUGCACCUAGCAUUUCGACUCCCGACCCCAGACAGCCCUGCCUGGGACCUUCCUUUGAACUCAGCUCCUGGGGUGCCUCUUUUUGAAGAUCCCACACAAGGUCCUCUUCCAAGUGUGCCACCAGCCCAGCUUUCUGCAGAGCCCUCUCCCCGUGAGGCCUCCAGUGGGGAGGAAGAACUGAACGAUGAGAACUGGAGGGGGGAUACUCUUGCUCACGUUCCUGGAACUCCUACAGCCAUGACGCCCUUUGACUUUCCCACAAUGACCAACUCCAGCUUGAGAAAAACCACCAGUACUUCUGGAAGUAGUUUAGCCCCCCAUCCCAAUGUGCAGGAGCUUCUUGGGGUGGACAACUUCACUCUGUCAACUGUGGGCCCUUCUACUGUUCAAACAGAGCCUAAAACUAUUGGCCCUGUAACUCUGGGACUAAGUCUGGAGCAGGAAGAGAAUAGUCCAUCUUUGACUCUUCCUGGCAUUGAGAUCGCAUCAGGCUCCCUCCCUUCCUUGUCCACAAUACAGGCCUCAGGCACAAUGGCCUCCCAGGAGGAGACCAGGCCUAGUCACCACUUAAAAGUACUCAAACACUUCUCCACAGCAACCACGCUAAGCCCUGUACCAACUGUGUCCACCAUCCCCUUGAUACCAUUACCCACUGACAGUCCCCAUGUGCAAUGGCUGCCAACUGAGGGUAACAGUCUUUGGGGUGAUAGUUCCGUAGUGCAUCCAGGAGGCAGGGUCUUAGAGCAGGAACUGCUGGGGGGAAAUCAAACUACAGUCAAAUAUUUGGCAUCAUAUAGGAGCACACAGGUCUAUGAUAGUUCCCAAGGCCAGAGGGAUCUCUCAACCACUCCAGCAGUGGGAUAUACCCAGAAUCUGCCACAGAGGGACACUGUGCCUGUUGCUUCCACCUCCCGUGCACCACAGUUCACUGUGGCACUGGCUGGACAGGGUCAAAGCUGGACCCCUCUCUCAGGAAGCUCCCACCAACCAGCCCCAGAGAAGAUCUUCCUAGGCUCUUCCACCCCUUCACCAGCAGGUGACAUGACAGGGACCAGCCAGGGACCAGCUGCCCGUCAAAGAAGCACCCACUGGAGUCUCAGUGUUGAUACGACCCAGCAGCCUGGACCUUGGGAUGUGACUGAAAGGGAAAGGGCUCGCUUCCCUCAUGGCAGCUCUGUCACUGCAGGAAUCGAUGUUGUUGAGCCGCAACGAGUUCGGGGAGCAGUGAACCCCAGGGUCCCAGUGACUUAUUUUGGCUCCUCUACUCCUGGACAAGACAGCUCAGUGGUGAGGAAUGGCCCAGGAACCAAGCAUCCAGAUGCAGCUGAGACUCGCCCUCCUGUGCAGAGCACCCCUGUGGUCUCCAGCACUUCUGCUCGCAUCCUGGCUACUCCUCGCCGCGGCCUUAUCCGAGUCACCACACAACGAAUUCUGCAGCACCCACAGCUCACCAGACCAGAGCCCAGCCUGCCUGCCAUGCUGCCUGCCUCAAGCGCCCCUUGUCCACACGCAGGUGGUGCUUGCAGCCAGUUAUUGCCCAACCAGACUCUGCUCCACUGGGGAGACCUUGAGCGCACUCUGAGCUUUGCCUGGGUGCUGCAUGUCUAUGGCUCUGGGGUGCUUUACCUCCUUCUUAGCCUACUGAGUUUGGCCUGCCUGGGGGGUUCCCUUGCUUUGCGUGUGCCCCAUCUCCCCUACGUCAUGGGUGCCAGCACUCUGCUGCUGUUGUUUGGAGUUUUGCGUGCCACAUUCUUUCUGGCUGAUCCCUAUGGCUCCCGAGAGUGGCUCCCCACCCAGGCUCUGCGAGUCCUGUACACGGCACCUUUCCCCCUGCUGUUGACCACCUUUGCCAUGCUUCUGCUACGGCUCUUCUGCCAAGCCCAUUUAGAGAUCCUGCCCCCAAAGUGGCAAAGCCUGCCAGUGUUGGCAGUGCUGGGGACCAUCCAGAGUGCUGUUCUCUUGGCAGCUGACUUAUUUUCACCUCCGUUGCACCCAGCCGUUCCAGUGGGACUGCACACACUUUCCUGCAUAGCUGGCAUCUCUUUCCUGCCAGCCACAGUGUUUGUGUACCGACAGUUACAGCACAAUGUGGCAGUGGAGGGUACUCCUGAGCCAGGCGUGUGGAGUGGGGCAUGGGUGCUCCUGGGAAGCAGUGGUCUGGCGCUGCCGUGCUGUGGGCUGCAGUUCUAUGGUGUGCUGUGGCAGGCAGAGCUCUUGGGCCAAGUGGACCUUUUCACCUGGGGCUGGUGGUUUGUGCAGUUCUGGUUCCGGAUUGGGGAGUUGGUGCUCUCAUUCGCCCUGGUCUUCCUAGCCUGGCAGGCUCUUUGUCAGCGUUAUGGAUCUACUGAACAUUCCUGCUGGGCCAAGCUCAUGCGCUACUUCUGUACCUACCGCAAGGCCGAGGUGCCAGAGUAUCCCAACAAUUGUUAUGACUGGACUGGUGCCGUCCUGGAGAAAGUACCCAACAAUGACAUCAGCAAGAACUUGAUCCGAAAUCCCCCCAGCAGCGGGCGCCUCUGGGCACUCAAGGACAGCAAUGAAUUACGGGCCGCAGCUAGACAAGGUUCCAGCCCAUCGCCCGUCCGUCCUGUCUACAGCCCCAAGUGCCCCAAUGCUGCAGCUGCUUCCAUGGGCCGCUCCUACACCAGCAUCUGCUUUGAAAGGGAUUCGGUCCUUUCUUUGGCGGAGCUCGAAUUCCGGCCUCCCUCACCCAUCAACCUCAGCCGCAGCAUUGACGAAGCACUCUUCCGGGAGCAUUUGGUGCGCGACUCCAUCUUCCUGCGCUCCAGCCUCCAUUUUCCCUCCCGCUUGGCACGCCAAGAUUCCUGCUCAUCAUUGCGUGGCGACUGUUCAACGCUGUCCCACACCGCUCAGCCCCUUCUGGCCCGGCCACGCCGCAGCAGCGACCCGGACUGCCUGUACAGUUUAGCGCGGGCCAGUUCAAUGGGGGAGCUCACCACCCACAGCCGGGGCCUGGCCAGUGAGCCACCGACAGAUACUUCCUUUGACAGCUUCUCCCGCACCUCCUUUUCCCGUGCCUCCCUCAAAAUUAGUUGGAAUCCUUGGCGCCAUGGCCUGUCCUCGCCCGAGAGCCUGCCCCCUGAAGAGCUUCCCAGCCAGACCCAGCUGCUUCCAGAUGACCUCCCCCCGGUUCCAUCCAACAGUGCUCCAAACUCCGAACGUGAGGCCAGGAGGAGCUUCUUGGCCUUGAGCAAGCAGGUGGAUUCCCGUAGCCUCUCAAGUGACACUAUUGAAUUGUGAGACUGAGCAAUGGCUUUUGCCUGCCUGUGCCCACUUGGAGACACCAGCCUGGUUGUUGGCUGAGGAGAAAGAGCAGUAAAGAAAAGAAGAACAAAAAGAAAGAGGAAGAGGAGGAGGAGAUGGUGACGACUGCUGUGGAGCUGGUUUGUUUCAAAGAGCAUGGGCCAGGGGGAAAUCCAAUUUCAUUUUUAAAAGCAAUGGGACCUCUGCCCCGCAAUCACAUCUAGUACCAGCCACUCAUGUAACAGCCUCCAGUAUGGUCUUGGCUGGGCCUUUCCUAUAGUAUCAGCCACAUUAACGUCUAGUACCAGACUUCCACACCUUGUCAGCUAUGUACCCAGCAGUACCUAGUAGCCACUUCAUUUCAAGUUCUGUAGUGUCAGCAAUAGUCAGAUCUCUUGUGUUACAACCAGCCUUUGUGUUUCCAGAAAUGGAAAUUUGCCAUUGUUUUUCAAUCCCAAAAUGCACUACUCGGUGUAACCUGAUACCUCCACACCUAACAGUGAUUUAAUCAGUCUGUACUCUCCAACCUAUGACUGUGUCUAACUACAGAUCUUAUGGUCACACUUUCUGGCCUAUUUUGGACUUUAUUUGUUUCCCCAACCCCUAAUAUCUGGUACCACAUAGCCUGAUGAUGUCUGAAGCAGUCAAAAGCCUUCACACGUCUGGAGUAUUUCUGUUGCUCCUAAUAAAGACAUUGCCCAGUAGUGGAUUUCACAAUAGGAAGAUUGCUGAAAUACCUUCCAAUUGCAACAUGGAGUCUCUUGUGGAGAACUAGAUUUGGAACAGUUCCUUUUUUGGACAAUAAAUCCCAGAAACCCCAUCAGCAUGGCCACUGCUAGCCGGGGAAUGCUGAGAGUUUUAGUCCAAAAAAGUAUGUUUCUCAAACUCAGAUGAAGAGACAAGGUGAGGCAGGGCACAAUCAUUCUCCACAUCUGAGACAAUCAUACCUGCAAACCUAACAAGUUUAGCUGCUGUUUGGUGUUUGUGAUAUUCCAUAGCAUCCCAUAGAAAGAUGCUCUUUAAGAAACAGUCAAGAAGGGAUGGUAAGAUUUGCCAGGAACUGCUACUGUAUCAGGUUGCAAGUGCAGCAUCAGCCCUGCAACCAAAUAUGGGGUGCUCAACAGUUCACUGGUAGAAUAUAUGCUUUGCAUGCAGCAUGUUCCAUACCUGGCAACCCUAUUAAGGGGUUUAUUUUACACAACAGGAGCAGAAGAGGCUUUCUGUAGAGUCCAUGCCAGGCAAGAACAGCUAAUUCUGGAUUUGAUGGGCCAGCAGCAUGAAUCAGGAUAAGAAAGCAGCCUUUAAUGAAUUUGUACACAGAGCUUUGAAAAAGCGAUCCUUUGGGACUGUGAUUCCCAGCAUCUCCCAACUGAAGCAUUCUGGGAAUUACAGUCCAAAAAAGGUACUUUUCUAAGUAUUGUAUGUGCAGCUGUUUACACUAUGAAUAAUGGAACUGAAGUUUCUGGUUCAAUUUCCACAAUCCAAAAUGGAAUGAUUUUGCUCAGACACUGGGAAACUUCCAUUUAACUUUUCUCAGACAGAAAACAAAUGUAUAGCCCUCAUGAUUGCAGUAGAAAAAGUGAUUCAUGUAGCCAGUUUCUUAUGUUAUCCAAAAGAGAGAACCUUCCCACUUCAUGCAAGCAUACACCUGGGUUAUAUUUUAAGAUACUAGAAUGGAAAAGGGUGUGAGAGCUCUCCACAGCCUUCUGGGCUCUUCCUCUCUGUCCAUCCAUGUAAUCUAUAUACAGCCUUGCUCCCUCUCUUUGUGUCUUUUUAAAAAAAUCUAAGUCCAAAACUUUCCAGAAAUAGCUUGAAAUUCAGAACUUGGUUUUGUAUUGUGGGAUGGUGCUGGAUGAGGGAACAACAGCUGCGGGGUGUGUGUAUGUUAAAACUGGAGAAACUGCAGCUUUUCUUGGUCUGGGUCUCCUUGCAAUAGCACAAAUUGUACUUGUCUGGUAUUAUAUCUGUCUCCUGCUGUAUCAGGACAGAGAAGGGAAGGAGGUGCCCAGACCUGUGGUUGGAUGGACCUACUGUUGAAUGUGAUAAUGGUCAGUUUGUGCCAAAAUAAAAAUAAACCAUCUAUCAG